AUGCCUACCGAACUCCCCGAGGAAUACAGUGCCAUCCACUCGUACUUCAUCGGGCCGAAAGGGGCAAACCUCCCCGAUUUCAGAGCAAACAUAAAUACCGUCUUGGACGAGUUGCUCGAGGCUCGGCAGAACUACUACCCCAGUGAUCAGCGGUUCAUAACCAAAGAGGUCCGACGGUCCAAGAAGUUCCUGGAAGUGAGGGACAAUCUCAGACUCGCCACCCAGAAAGUUGCGCAGUUGCUGGGCGAGCACUCUGCUCCCUUCUGGUCCCCUCGCUAUGAAGCCCACAUGUGUACCGACCUGACCAUGUCGUCCCUCCUCGGUUACUUCAUGACCAUGCUGUACAACCCGAACAAUGUUGCCCUCGAGGCGAGCCCGAUGACCACGUUGGUGGAGUUGCGGGUCGGGAAGCAGCUGUGCAAGUUAUUUGGGUACAAGGUCGAUGAGAGAAAGGCUCCUUUCAAAGAGGAGGCGCCGCAGCCGCCAGUUGCCUGGGGCCACAUCACUUGUGACGGAACAAUUGCGAACCUGGAAUCUAUUUGGGUUGCACGAAAUCUGAAAUUUUACCCUCUCAGUCUAUUCCAGGCCGUUACCAAGGGCAAGCUAGCUUUCAUUGCGAAUGACUUCACCGUUAAGCCGUGCAGGAAGGACGAGCCGGAGAAGCUCUUCAAGGACAUGACGCCUUGGGAGCUUCUGAACCUCCGUCCCGAGACUGUUCUUGACAUGCCAACUACUCUGUACAACAGGUAUGGUAUCACCAGCGAGUUCCUGGAGAGCGUACUCAGAGACUACAACAUCCAGACGGUCGGUCGGAACGAGCUGGAGGACGCUUUUUCUAUCAAGGAUUCCAUGAAGUACUUUGUCGGAAAGACUCGUCACUAUUCCUGGCCAAAGGGAGCUGCCAUUGCCGGUCUCGGUUCUAAGAACAUGGUUGGAGUUGACAUUGAUGUCAGCGCCCGCGUCGAUAUUCCAAGCCUCAAGAGGAAUCUGCUUGAAUGUUUUGAGAAAAAAACGGCCGUGUACGCGGUCGUGGCCGUGAUCGGCUCGACCGAGGAAGGUGCCGUCGACAGACUGUCCGAGAUCGUCAACCUGCGGGCCACACUACAGGACGAAUACGGUCUAUCUUUCCUCAUCCAUGCCGAUGCAGCUUGGGGAGGAUACUUUGCCACCAUGCUGAGCCGCAACAGACCUCAUAAUAGCGACCCCGACGCUGGCUCGACCAACAAACCUGAUCCGGAGUUCCAUCUCGACCCGGAUACUCGAGAGGACUUGCGGGCCCUGGAAAACGCAGAUUCAAUCACCGUGGACCCUCACAAGGCUGGGUAUAUCCCGUAUCCGGCGGGGAGCCUCGUGUACCGGGAUGGGAGGAUGAGGUACCUGGUCACAUGGUCGAGCCCCUAUCUGUCUCAAGGAUCCGCCGAGAACAUUGGCGUCUACGGGGUUGAGGGCAGCAAACCUGGUGCGGCAGCCAUGUCAGCGUGGUUCUCUAACCAGACGAUCGGACUGCACAACCGUGGCUACGGAAUGCUACUAGGUGAAGCAACCUUCACUAGUGCUAGGCUCUCUGCAUACUACGCUACGAUGGUCACCGAUGAUUUUAUCUGCGUGCCUCUCAACAUGCUGAGGUCCGAGGAGCAAGGGAAGAACGGUUACCUUUCAGACACGGUGGAGAAGGAGAGGAGAAAGAUUCGGGAGCUCAUCAUCGGAAAGGAUGACAGUAAAAUAUUCAAGUCCCCUGAGGCGAUGGAGAUCAUCAGCAGGCUCGGUUCCGACACCAACAUCAACGCAUUUGCGCUCAACUGGAAGCACGAGGAUAAGACCCUGAACACAGAUCUGGAGGAGGCAAACUAUUUCAUGAAGAACAUUGUUGACAGGCUGUCCAUUACCAGCGGCGACACUGACCCAACUAAAAUCCCAAUCUUCCUGACAUCGACUCAGUUCUCGCACGACGACUACGGGAAAUGCGUGGAUGCCUUCAUAGAGAGGAUCGGCGUCACCAAGACCAAUCAGAGCCUUUUUGUUCUGCGAAACGUCGUCAUGAGUCCGUUCCCGACCCACAAGAACUUUCUCAGCGAGUUGAUGGUCGACUUGCAGAAGGUGAUCCGAGAGGAGGUCGAAGUGUGUCGCAAGAGAAACGCCCGAGGCAAGAAGCAAGAGAUCCAGUUCCUGGUCCAGGGGUCCUCGGCAGAGCCCACUGUGUUCCUUGCCUUUCAGACAUCGUUCCACAGCGCGACCAGACGCCAGCAGAUUGUCUUCUCCGCAACGUUGGACCGGACCUUGCAGUCGGCGUACGAAUCGCUGAGGGAGGCAGAUGGAGACAAGCUCGCUAUCUUGAGAUCCACAGAAAAACACAGCAUCGAAGAAGUGGUCAACUCCGUUGGAAACAACAGUGCCUCGUUCCAGGCAAUCAUCAAAGAAGGAACGCAUGGAGAAAUUGAUAGAGCCACCACCAACCCCGGGACUGUGACGCUUAAAUCUGUUGUCAAGAGCCGACCUCUCAAUUCUGUCAACCAGGACGACAAAUAUCCCUCUGAUAUGAUGCCAUUCUAUCUGUAUGGUACACCGGAGAAUAUGCACGUUUCCCACGUUCUCGUCUACGCUCCAAACAUCGAUUUGUCGGCCAGCAACCUAGUGUUCUCUCCAGGACUCCCCGCUCGGGCCACAGCGCUGCUCUCGGAGGGUCUUAUCCUGGGCAUCACGAACAUCUCCGAGGAAGCGGUGCAACCGUUCCCGUCGAAAAAUACGAGCCUGCCCGAGGAAUUCUUCUUCCGCAAGGGCAGGACGUUCAACGUCAAAGUGUGGAAGGACCCCAAGGAUCCUAAGGCGAAGGGCCCGGGAUUACUCAAGCACCUAGGUAACCCCUUGUACACCGGUAAGAUGACACUAGGAAGGCACGUCGUAGUGGACGCGGAGGGUCCCAACGAGGACCCGUUCAAGCACAAGAAAGAAACGGAGAGCACAUGGCAGAACCAGCUGGAUACAAUUGGGGGCAUGCUGGAUGGCACAUCCGGAAUCAGGCGCUAG